AUGCUGAACGUCAUGCUCACAACACCAGCUUUUAAUUUACUACCGUACGUUGCUGAGGUCUCUGACGGUCUAUUUCGAAUGCUGGCCGAUGGUCAACCUGCCGUUCGAGAUGUGACCGAAACACUUCUAGGACAGUUUUUGCAAGGGAUCCAUAACAAACCUGAAGCACUCAGCCAUGAGGAUCGUUCGCAAGUGGUCAGCGUGCUUCUCGCCCAUGCGCAUGAGGAUGAACCUGCUCUAGGAAGAAAACUAUCACUUAUAUGGAUGGAUGAGUUUAUAAGAAUAUAUAAUGAAAAGAUGCUUCCAUACUUGUCGACUUUUUUGACUGCAGUUUUACCUUCUCUAGAUUGUGACGAUCUGAAGGCCAAAAGUGUCAAUGAUUAUCUUCUUCUGCUCAUUGACAUGAACACCAAAAUCGACGAACAAACAAUGUCCUCCGUCGUCGAGGUAUUGUUAAAGUUCGUAGGAUACAAAAAACAAGAAACUAGGAUAGCUGUUUUGAAUUGGAUACGGCAUUUGAAUGCGACAAUGCCUUCUCAGUUGUUUGUACAUAUGGAACAAAUCUUUCCCGUACUUUUGGGAACCCUCUCGGAUACCUCGGAUGAGGUGGACAUGACGUUGGAUGUGCUUGUCGAAAUCGACAAACUCGUCAAUAUGAUAGAGAGCCCUGUCCUAGCA